AUGAAGGAGCCUGAUGCAAUCAAGCUCUUCAUUGGGCAAAUACCCCGAAACCUGGAGGAAAAAGAUCUCAAGCCCAUCUUUGAACAAUUCGGCAAGAUCUAUGAGCUGACUGUCAUAAAGGACAAGUACACAGGAAUGCACAAAGGAUGCGCCUUCCUGACGUACUGCGCACGUGAGUCGGCCCUCAAAGCCCAGAAUGCACUGCACGAGCAAAAGACGCUUCCAGGGAUGAACCGCCCAAUCCAGGUGAAGCCAGCAGACAGCGAGAGCAGAGGGGAAGACAGGAAGCUGUUUGUGGGUAUGCUGGGAAAACAACAGACGGACCCCGAUGUGAGAAAGAUGUUUGAACCCUUUGGCAGCAUCGAGGAGUGCACUGUGCUCCGCGGGCCCGACGGUACCAGCAAAGGGUGUGCAUUUGUAAAGUUCCAGAACAACGUAGAGGCCCAGGCUGCUAUCAACGCUCUCCAUGGAAGUCGUACUCUACCUGGAGCUUCAUCCAGUCUGGUUGUUAAGUUUGCCGAUUCAGAGAAGGAGCGGGGGCUUCGGCGAAUGCAGCAGGUGGCCUCUCAGCUGGGUGUCAUCAGUCCUAUGACCCUGCACCUCGGGGCCUACAACGCCUACACGCAAGCUUUAAUGCAGCAGCAGGCACUGGUAGCGCAGUCAGCUUACCUCUCUCCUGUUGCCACGGUGGCGGCCGUUCAGAUGCAACAGUUAGCCGCCCUCAACCCCAGUAGCAUCAUCGCCACACCGAUCGCAUCCAUCACCCCCUCCUCAGGUACCAGUACACCCCCCUCCAUUGCCGCCACACCUGUUCCUGCUCUACCUGCACCAAUUGCAGUGAGCAGCUACCCUUCUGUGGCAGCUCCACCCAAUGGCCAAUCAGCCACUGAGGCUCUGUACACCAACGGAGUCCACGCCUAUCAAGCUCAGAGUCCGGUGCUGGAUCCACUGCAGCAAGCUUACACAGGCAUGCAGCAUUAUACAGCUACCUAUCCUGCUGCCUACAGCCUGGUGGGGCAGCCAUUCCCCCAUCAGCCCACUCUGGUAGCUCAGCAGCCCCAGCAGCCGCAGCAGCUACAACAACGUGAAGGUCCUGAAGGCUGCAACAUCUUCAUCUACCACCUGCCUCAGGAGUUCACCGAUUCUGAGAUCCUGCAAAUGUUCUUGCCCUUUGGAAAUGUCAUCUCGGCCAAGGUCUUCGUUGACCGUGCUACCAACCAAAGCAAAUGCUUCGGUUUUGUGAGUUUCGACAACCCGUCCAGUGCUCAGACUGCCAUCCAGGCUAUGAAUGGCUUCCAGAUAGGCAUGAAGAGACUGAAGGUGCAGCUGAAAAGGCCCAAGGACGCCAACAGACCUUACUGA